UCUAAUAAAAAAAAUAUAUAUAUUAGAAUUAAAUAGAAAGAGAUACAAAUGGCAAAAGGCAUGAAGAUGAAGUUAACUACAUUAGUUUUCAUUGCAUUUGUUAUGUUCUCUCUGGCUCUGUCCAAAGCAGAGGCAGCAUGCGACAUCCAAGAUCUUCAAGUAUGUCUACCAGCAGUUAUAGGAAGAUCUCCACUGUUGAUGGAGUGUUGCACCAAAUUAAACGAUAAUCAAUCAUGUUUUUGUGAUUACUUGAAAAAUCCAUUGGUUGUUCGAUAUAAGACAUUUGCUAAAGAAGUUUUAGAAGCUUGUGCUAUACCUAUUCCUGUUUGUUAAAACUUAUAAUAUUUAUAAAAUAAUAAUUACUAUUAUAACUAUUAUAAUUUUAUGUAAUAAUGUCUAU